AAAAAAGGUCAUCAUUUCCAAAACGGGCAGAUAAAACUUCCUGUUGUUUAUAUUGAAUUUAAAUCUACAAUUAAGUGCUAAGGUUAAUUGAGAAUGGACGAGCAGGUGGAGUUCCUCAGGGACAGUGCGUGUGCCGUUUGCCUCGAGGAGCGGUCGGAUUUAAAGGAGGUUUUGUUCGAGGAAAGUUUGGAAGCCAUUUCAAAUGGGUCGAUUUUGGUGAAGCAUCUCUGGUUUCAGCCGGAAGAUUUACAACAAAAGCAAGUUUGCGACCAAUGUUGGGAUCAAGUUUCCAGAUUUCAUGAAUUUUACGACACGGUUGAAACAACGCACAAGGAUGUUUUCCAAAACUUGGAUUCGAAUGUGGAAUAUGAAAUCAAAAUUGUGUCAUCUGUCCCUCCUGUUGUUUAUGACGAAAAACUUGGAAGCGUUUUGAGUGAUGAAUCCGAUCGUACCGUUGUUACUCAUGAAAACUAUGAACUUUGGGAAACUGAUGUUGCAGAGAUUUUUGAAAAUGACCGUGAUAACGAGACAGAAGAGGACGAGGAAGAUUAUCAGAGGGUAUCAAUAGAAACAUCCGAAAUACUAUCGUCCGACAAUGAUGAAGCAGAAGUUGAAAAAAUAUUGGCUCGGGUGAAGGAAAUUCCUCAGCAUGAAUCCCAGGCGGUGAUUGAUGAAGAAAAUCGCCUUAUUUCCGAGCAUUGCCAAAUGGUUUGUGAGCUGUGCAAGGUAAACUGUUCAACUUUUCAAAAACUAGAGAAACAUUUUCGUCAAAGUCACAAAAUAGGGGAGGCAUAUGUUAUUUGCUGCGAUCGUAAGUUUAAUCAUCAUGACGAUUUAUUAGAACAUGCCGUUUGUGAGUUGAACUCGCAAGCAUUGCAAAAUGAAUCGGCAGAUCAAACAAAGCAGUCAGCAGCGACAGAUUCUCAGCCUGAAGAUUAUCAGACAAAUACCGCGCCUGAGGGACAAAAAGAACGUGUCGCCAGGAGUAAAAAGUCGUUUACAAACGAUAGAAAUCUUAAACAACAGACAAAACUAAAACAGUCUUCGAAGGAAAAAAAUCACUGUGAAGUUUGCGGAAAAUCCUUCAGUAGCAAAUCUUUGUUAACUAGACAUCAAAAGGAGCAUGAGAAAUCUCCCCAAGAAACUCGACUACAGUGCACAAUCUGUGGCAAAUGGAUGAAAAACGCCGGCAGUCUGCGCAAACACAAACGGCGACACGAGGGCGAAGGUGGCGAACACAAGUGUCAGCUGUGUGAUAAGGUGGCACCGAACGCACUGGCCCUGCAGAGUCAUAUUGCGUUCGUACAUCGGAAGGAAAAAGUUCACCAGUGUUCACUGUGUCCGAAAUCCUUCAAGCGGCAGUUCACUUUACUAGAACACAUGACAACCCACACCGGUGAUGUGCUGUACAGUUGUCCACACUGUUCGAAAACGUUCAAUUCGUCGGCCAACAUGCAUGCUCAUAAGAAGAAAGUUCAUCCCCAGGAGUGGGAGGAAAGUUUUCGGGAACGAACGUUGCCAUUCCUGGGGAAAGACAGGGUUUAAGAUGGUUGAGGUAAGGAGUACGAAUGUUGAUAAGGUAAGCAAAUGAA